CAUUUGCAUAUAUAAAAACACCAACUCAGAUCCCAUUUCCUUUAUAUAAAAUGAAGGAAGAGAAGAUGGGUUAUCGUCAAAUCUCGGUUACAGUUUUAUUUCUUUGCCUGUUCCAAUUCUCCGACAACACCGUCGUAAGCUCCGUCGUAGAAGAAAAAGGAACGGUGCUUGUGUAUGGAAGAGCCGCCGUGGGAACAAUAGACGAAGACUUCAUUUGCGCCACUUUAGACUGGUGGCCACCUCAGAAAUGUGACUACGGAACUUGUGCUUGGGACCAUGCUUCGAUUCUCAAUCUGGACCUGAACAACACUAUUCUUCAAAAUGCAAUUAAAGCAUUUGUACCAUUGAAAAUAAGAAUAGGAGGAACAUUACAAGACUUGGUAAUAUAUGAGACACCAGAUCAGAAGCAGCCUUGCCUUCCUUUCACCCAAAACUCUUCCCUUCUCUUUGGUUAUACACAAGGAUGUUUGUCUCUGCGCCGAUGGAACGAGCUCAAUGCCUUCUUUCGCAAAACCGGAGCUAAAGUCAUCUUCGGGCUGAAUGCACUUUCUGGACGUUCCAUAAAACCUAACGGCGAAGCUGUAGGAGCCUGGGAUUACACAAAUGCUGAAUCAUUCAUCCAGUAUAUAGUACAGAAUAACCACACCAUCGACGGUUGGGAGCUUGGCAAUGAGCUGUGUGGAAGUGGUGUGGGUGCAAGAGUUGCAGCAAAUCAGUAUGCUAUAGACACCGUAGCUCUGCGGAACAUUGUCAACCGGGUUUAUAAGAAUGUGAGCCCCAUACCUCUGGUGAUAGGCCCGGGUGGCUUCUUUGAAGCUACUUGGUUCACAGAAUACUUUAACAAAACGGAAAAUUCUCUUGAUGCUACUACUCGCCACAUCUACAAUCUCGGUCCAGGAGUCGACACACAUCUGAUAGAAAAGAUUUUAAACCCAUCAUACUUGGACCAAGAGGCAAUAACGUUUCGCAGCCUCAAGAACAUAAUCAAGAACUCCUCAACUAAGGCAGUUGCAUGGGUUGGUGAGUCUGGUGGUGCCUACAACAGCGGAAGGAAUCUUGUCUCUAAUGCUUUCGUGUAUAGUUUCUGGUACCUGGACCAGCUUGGAAUGGCAUCGAUAUAUGAUACAAAAACAUACUGUAGACAGUCUCUGAUCGGAGGAAACUAUGGGCUGCUAAAUACUACUAAUUUCACACCCAAUCCAGACUAUUACAGUGCUCUGAUCUGGCGAACACUUAUGGGAAGAAAGGCAUUGUUCACAAGCUUUUCUGGAAUCAAAAAGAUACGCUCAUACACACAUUGUGCUAGACAAUCGAAAGGAAUCACAGUUUUACUGAUGAACCUUGACAACACUACAACAGUUGUGGCAACAGUAGAGUUAAAUAACACUUUCAGUCUGAGACAUGCGAAGCACAGGAAGUCGUCUCAAAAAAGAGAAAUUUCUCAGUUGCCUUGGGUUUCUAAUGGUGAAAUCCAAAGAGAAGAAUACCAUUUGACAGCAAUGGAUGGGAAUUUACACAGUCAGACUAUGCUACUCAACGGAAACGCACUGCAAAUUAGUUCGACAGGUGACAUACCUCCUCUGGAGCCGAUACAUGUAAACUCAACAGAGCCAAUAACAAUAGCUCCAUAUUCCAUUGUGUUUGUGCAUAUGCGGACCGUUGUUGUACCUGCAUGUGCUUAGGAAGCUGCAUAUGGAAUUUAAACAGUUAUAUUCAAUUAUAUGAUUAGAAAGAAAAAAAAAAGUGUACUUUUUUUAGAAACCU